AUGACAGAUGAUUACUACAUGAUCAACGAUUAUUAUACAAUAGACGACGACAACUACGAAGAUUACGACGACGUUCGCGGCGUGAUCCAGCGCCGUGGCCCUGUUCUCGAACGAGCCAUCGAAGAACCAGAGGAAGACGAAACGUUCGGCAACAACAAGAUCAUCAACUUCAUUCUCGAGCAGAGCCCCUUCGAUGACGAGCGAAUAACAUUUGCUGUUGCUUCCGUCGCUCUUUUCAUAUUCCUCAUCAUACUCUUCUAUGUCGUCAAAUAUUGCUGUUGCAACUCAAAGCAGAAAACAUCUGUCAUCUAUGGAUUCCCACGCGCCUCUGCUGGCAAAUACAACGACCUUGAAACCGGAGACUACGAUUCAGACAGCGACAUGUCUGAUAUCAACGAAGACAUCCCUCUUCUCGAGUCACCACGAAGCGAUGCUCCAGCUAUUCCAGAUCGAGACUACUAG